AGCUCUUGGCGCUCUUGGCGUUUUCACUUUCUUUACUUAAAUGAGUAUCUUGGAACUAAAUCCAUGUGGCGAUGACCCUCAUCUGACCUUCGUUCUCACAAGUUCAUCGUAUUUUCUGUAAUGGGACUUCUUGCUGCUGGAGACUCGGCUGGCUUACAUGAUGGCAAGCCAGGAAACCAAGGUAUAUAACUCAGCGGGGCGCCUGGUCUACCUUUGAUCUAACGCAUAUCUUGAAUCAACCACGUGUCGAUCUCAUAUGGCGAUGUCUGUGCCAUCAUUGACAGUGUCAUCAAAUACCUUUCCAUGCGCCACGGGGCUGGUUAAUGUCUCCAAACCACCACAUGGUACAUUUGAAAGUCAUGCUCGUUACAGCCCACCUCAGGACUUCACGCGAGCAUUAUACAUUCCUCGCCAUGACUCAAUGACUUCCCAUCUCCCUGUGUAUAAUGUUGCCGCGAGCUAUCGGGAUUCCACUAGAGAUACGGUCUUCGGUAGUUAUCUCCACUCGGCCAAGCUGAGUUAUAUGGAUAAGCCUCGGGGUGACGACAUGAACGCGCGGGUGGAAUAUCUGGUCGACGCCAGCAGAACGGACGAAGUUGUGGAGCUGCAAAUUCAGCGCAGAAGCUUGAGCCAGAGCGACGACGUCAAAGCCAAUGCUUUCAUUGCCUCUGGUAGCGCCGAAUUCUUUCUUGUGACCGAUCAGGGCGAACACGCCAGUGGUCCGAUGACAGCAUCUUUUCCCAUCGAACCAAGUGUGAGAGGAGAAUACAAAGUCCCGCAUCCUUAUUUCACAUGGCGUCUCCCAAGACACAAAGAGACACCCUGGAAAUUGGUUCAAUGGCAAGUCCACCCAGGACCAAACAGUCUGUUCCGCUACACCUUGGUCAAUCUUGAUGAACCCGAGAUACUCGCAAUUUAUAUUCAUGUUGGCAUUGUGGUGGCUACCUAUAGACUUCAGCGAAGGUGUGCUCUUGCUCCCUGAAAGUGGUGGGCAGGAGCAGGAAGCUGUUGUGAUAGCGAGCUUGUUGACGAUGUUGCAACGGUUACGUGAAGAAAAAUCGAUGCACCCUAUCAGGGACAGCUCAACUUCAAACUUAGCGAGGAAGUUUGUUUCCAAGCUGCGCCUGCAUUAACCACACGGCUGAGAGCAUGAAAGUCUCAACGUGCGACUAAGACUAUAUGAGAGAUAUGUGGGUUAGCCAGGAGUGAUACUGCCUCCGUCAACAGCUUCUUCACCUUAUAUUCAUUUUCCUGUUUCUUUGUCAUUUUAUUUCUCAUUUCUUGAUCUCUCUCUUCAUUCACUUGUCUUGUACACUAAGGUACGGAGAGUAUUAUCAUCAAAAGCUUCCAGUAUCUUCUCGCGUCUGGCAGCGUUGUAUUAGAAAUCAUUUAUCUCAGGAUAUAACAACCAAUUCAGGUUUUUAAAUGAUAAGAUAGUCAUGUUGUCGUGC